UGGUUUAUAUAGCGGUGACUCAGAGCGCAGCGCGCACUCGCUGCAUGAAUGAGCGCGCGGAAGACACCGAGCACAGCUGCAAGAGCACGCAGAGCCGAUCAGAUGAGAUGUCUUUUUAGAUCACUAUCAUACUUUCAAAGUUUUACACAAUCUUCAAGAAGGCUAUUGUCAGAAGUUUUGUGGUGAACGUCACACGGCGCGUAUCUGGACACUAUGCAUUGUGAAGCCGAGCUGAGAGUCGCGAGCAGCGCGCAGCUGAAAGCCGCCAGAAGACGAUACAAGACUUUCAUGAUCGACGAGAUCCUUUCCAAGGAAACUUGUGAUUACUUCGAGAAACUUUCACUUUAUUCGGUUUGUCCCUCUUUAAUCGUCAGACCCAAACCUCUGCAUUCAUGCCCUGUAGGCUCUGCUCCUCUGAGAUCGUACCCUCUCCUGUCUGUGAUCACACACCAGCCGCCCAGCAGCCUCCCGCAGGUCUCUCAGCCGUCUCCUCACCUGCCCCUUCUGUCCCCCCAGCACCCGCUCACCUCCGAACCCACGGCCAGCGAGACGCCCGUCAGCAUCAGCAGCGAAUCAGAGACGGAGCACAGCUCCCCGAGGCUGAAGAAACCCCGCCGCAGCCGAACCAUCUUCACCGAGCUGCAGCUGCUGGGCCUGGAGAAGAAGUUCCAGAAACAGAAAUAUCUCUCCACUCCAGACAGAUUGGACCUGGCUCAGUCUCUGGGACUCACACAGCUCCAGGUGAAGACAUGGUACCAGAACAGACGCAUGAAAUGGAAGAAAAUGGUGCUAAAAGGAGGACAUGAGGCUCCUACCAAGCCCAAAGGCCGACCUAAGAAGAACUCCAUCCCAACCACAGAGGAGAUCGAGGCCCAGGAACAGCUGGCGGCCAAACUAGUGGAGGAGGAGAGCCUACGAGCCGGAGCGGAAGAUGAGGUCUUCCAAUCCCAACCUCAAGAUCUCAGUACAUCCGUUAUGUCCGAGUCCAUCUGUUCAGAAACCCAGGUGCAAGAACAGGCCCCUCCAUCUCUGUCAGAAGCAAUGACGACCAGCUAAACGCAACCGUGCUGACGCACGACCAAAGACAGCUACUGAAAGACUUUAAUGCUCCAUGGA